ACUCGAGCACCAACUUUCCACAAACCGUGCAACAGUGUUCAUUGUCUGUGUUGAUCGCGACAAAUUGGGACUUAAUUUACGACUUGUCUUGACUCUACGUCCCAUUCUAUUUCCUCGACUAUAUUAAUAUUUUGCACAUAAGAACUUCGGGAUGCUCUUACGAUAGCAUAAAUACUCCUCUCUACGAUCUCCCUUUCGGUUUCGACCAACCAAUAUGGAUGGAUUCGAGGUCGCAUACACUUUAGAUAAUGAACAACAAUUCUGGGAUGGUAUGUAUAUCUAGAUCCCUUGAGACUUGUGUCACUUUGGUGUUAAAAAUUGCUUUUAGAAAUCGAUGACAUCGUUUCUGCGAAAUGUGCCUCGCACCAAUUAAUUGAUAAUGCAUUGCGAUCCUACCUACAAUUCACAACCAACUUUAAAGAGGAAUAUCUGCAAUCAGAGUUCGACGUCGCAAAAUGCUUGCACAAGUUAAUGCAGAGCGAACUGUUCGCAGCGAAUAAGGACUACGUGAGGACGCAGAUUAUCUAUAGUCUUAUGCAGGAGGACAUACCGGCCACCCUGCAUGUGAUAGCGAGCUUUCUACUAUUCGACGGGCGUCAGAAUGAGGCAACUUUCGAGAUGAUGAAUAAGGAGGGAUGUUUCCCAAGGUUGUUGGAAUUGGUUAAGAAAAGGGACAGCGAAGAUCCAUCGUUGCAUAGACUGCUAUUGGAGCUUUUGUACGAGAUGUCAAGGAUGCAAAGAAUCAGUUUCGAGGACUUGGGUCAGGUAGAUGAUGAAUUUGUCGCAUGUCUCUUUCAAAUAAUUGAAGAGCUAUCAGAUGAUGUUGAUGAUCCUUAUCAUUAUCCUGUCAUUCGGGUUUUGGUAAGUCCCUGCUGAAGAUUUUAUGCAUCAACUGCUAACAGCUUCUCUAGCUAGUCUUGAAUGAACAAUAUAUGGUUGCUUCUACGUCAACGUUAGAUCCUUCACAUUCUCUAACAAACCGAGUUGUUAAAAUUCUUAGCCACAAAGGAUCAUCAUAUAUGACCUUCGGGGAGAAUAUCAUUCUUCUACUCAACCGCGAAACUGAAACUUCUCUACAACUUCUGAUACUCAAGCUUUUAUACUUAUUGUUUACUACAAAGGCUACCUACGAAUAUUUCUACACUAAUGAUCUCCGCGUCCUCUUAGAUGUUAUAAUUCGUAACCUUCUCGAUCUCCCUAAUGAGUUUGUUUCUCUUCGUCACACAUAUCUUCGAGUCCUCUACCCAUUACUUGCACAUACACAAUUACAACAACCACCGCACUACAAGAAAGAUGAAGUAGUAAAAGUUUUAAGCAUUCUUGGUGGAUCAGGGAAUACACAUUGGGAGCCAGCAGACGAAACCACGAUACGACUCGUCGAGCGAGUAGCCAAAGUUCCCUGGCUCCGAGAUGAUGACAUCAGCGAAGGCGAAGUAGCGCGGAAAAUUCUCGGUAUGAGUCUUUCGCCGUCGCAAACUGGAAGCUCGGUAAGUGUUUCCGAUGUGGCUGCUGUGAAAGAAAAACCCGGUGUCCAAACACCAAGUCGCAAAGCGGGAAGUGACAGCACCGCAUACGAUCGUGAUGCGCCAGUGAUGGCAACCUCAGACGAGUUACAGAGGAAGAAACAUGCGUUACCUCCACUUCCACCCCCGGUUAGAGCAGGUAAUUUGCAGAAAAAAGUCCCACCAAAGACACCCCCGAGGAGGAGAACAAAACUUAAGGCUAUGGUUACAAUGCCACCUGAGGCGACAGAGGUUGAGUAAUGGAAUUUGGAAAUUCUUGCGUAUUAUAGGCGAACUUGGAGUUAUCGUGGGGGUAUAUAUUAUUAGGAUGGGAAGGUCUCGUCUGUGUUCCUCCAUAAAUGCAUACAAUGGCGUCGGAGCGAGGAGUGUUGAAAAGGGUAUUCAUGCCCAUUCAAACAUUGGAAUUACAUGGUAGUUAUCGAAAGUUUCGGAGCUACCAAGUAGGGCACUUAAAUUCUGUGUACAUGGAGGGUCGUACAUAUCCUGGGCGUAAUGGCAUUAACCGGCUUUGAGCACAUAUUUAUUACUUCAUUUCGAGCUUGUCUUCAACCUUUCCAUACAUCUACCGCCUUCUUCCAUGUGACGAAAACCAAUGAACAAUGAAUGAGUAUUCACCCAUCCAAGGGAAUGGUCCCGUCCACUUCAGAGGAGGUUUUUUGCCUUGUCUGGCUUAUCUACCUUUUCAUGAACUAGUCGGGUAAAGGAAAUUGCUCGGGUCAGUACCUUCUAUUAGUAUCUACUAGUAAGCCUACAUCUUAGGUAUGUUGGACGCCUGCUAUAGAGUUUUGUAAUCAAAAAGUUCUUACAGUUUCCAUUUGUCACUAGACGUAUUUAAAGAGUCGGCAAACUGAUCAUCUCUUGAUAGU